CACCACCUCGAAAAGAGAGGGCUAACGUCUAGAGAGAUCAAAACACACCACAAACCCCCAUAAAAAACCCUAUCCCCACCCUCACCCACUCACCCGAUCUCCUAUCAAUGGACGAUCACAAAAAGCCCGACCCCGGUGGAACGGACGGCACCAAAAAGACUACUAGCUCAAACAACACACGACAUGCCAUCAACCAACGAGCGUUAUACGAUACACGAUCAGGCACUCCUCACCAGCACCACCAGUUUAACUCACGGGGCAACAGCGCAAACUCGAUUAGGGGCCAGUCCGAACCGGAUCAACAAGAUCCCUGGGACACCGCAGCGAAAAAGACCCGCGCGACCAAAACCAGAUUCGACAAUAGGUACACCAGCCCCCUCCCCAGCCCGACCACCUCGAGCAGCCAUCUGGUGGUCGAAAGUAUCCAGACUGGCAGACCAACAACCCCGGACUCGGACUCACCAGCAGACCGAUGGGAAGUCGACACACCCCCACCGGCCGAACAUCUUCACCUCGCACCCACACCCCAGACGCAACUUGGGAUAGAGGACGAUGACAUAAGGUACGCCAAUGAAAGCCCCGAAGCAGAGAAAGGAGACCAGACACAUAGGACUGUCUACGACACGUUCGAGGCAAUGCAUGACCUAACUGACAGAUUCAAUGGCAUUAGACUCGCAGGCUUGUGGGAGAACUUCCAGGACGAGUACAUGCUAUGGUAUAGUAACCUACCAAGGCCGGCAACCCUGGAUACCUUCCCCACCCCUUCACGCGACAGCGAACUGGAAGAACGACUGAAAACAGUCGAAUCUAACAUAAGCCGCCUGACUGAAGCUAAUGCAUAUUUGACAGAUAGGUUACUAACUACAGAGAUACCCACCACGGCUGCCCUCCCCCGUAACUGCAACACACGCGACCCGAACAUGAUGGCGGCACCAAUGGCAACCCCGCCCCUGACCAAAACCAACCGGGUCAAGACAUCCUGGGCGAGCGUAGUGGCAAGCCCACCUCCGGCUGUGCCAACACACACAGCACGACCCGGUCCCCAGACGACAACCACAGACACGCAGGCACCCACCACAAACCCUCACGUCCUUAUCAUACGCAUCAAUCCACCAAUCCCACCAGACCAACGACCAAACGGCCUAGCGACCCGCAAGAAAAUCAACGACAUGCUUGACGUGAAGAACCUUCCACACUACCUGAGAGUCAUGGCAGUCGGAUACUCCCUAGCAGGCAACAUCAAAAUUACGAUGGCCCCCACUUGCUGUGCCGCGGACUUGGAAAAAUAUGGCAAAGAAAUCGCAGCGACCAUCACCGACAACGAAGUGCUGUCUGCCCUACCGGACAUGGAGCACUUCCGGGUCAAGAUAAACAAGAUCCCCACGCAUUGUGUCAGAGUCGGGAUUAUUGUCAGAGACUGAAAUAUUGUCGGAGUUGAAAUAUUGUCAGAGUUGGACAUACUGUCCGAAGACAGAUGGAAGAUGGAUUGGGUUUCUGUCUGAGUCGGGGUUGGAGGUUGUGGUGGAAGCCUGUUGGAGCACGCACAUGCAGAUAUGCGGGUGGAAAUAUGCGGCGCAUCCGGAAGCACUGUUCAAGGUUAGCAGAGUGGGAUUGCGGCCUCAGCAACUCAGGUGGAGCCCUGUGCCCUGAGUGUGAGGUCUUUGGGGUUGCUCAGCACACAAAGCCGUAAGUGAUACAAGAUGAUGUAUUUUACGGUGGUGUGUAAGCGGUUCCCCGGAGGUUCCCGCUUGUCCACGUGACUAUAUCUAUCUAGUUUACAUGUGACUCGGGGUUCGGGGCUAUUGCCCUGACAUUCUCCCCCCUUGCAUUGCAUAUGCGACGCA